ACUGGCACUUUUUUUAAACAACAAGCAUCUAUUUUGAUGCUGUUUUAUGCCCUCUGACACCGUAUGGAGACUAAAUGUACAAAACCAUUCCCAGUGUGAAUUUCUUUAUUUUUAUUAUGAAUUAGAAAAUUGUUGGCGGACCCCCCGGCACCCUGUCCGAGGCCAGAUUUGGCCCAUGGGCCGUAAGUUGAGUAUCACUGAUAUAAGUUGUGUGCAGGUUCCCUCUGUAAGUUCAUUAGGUGAUGACAGUGUCGGAUAGAUCAUCAGUCCGUUGAAAUAUCGUUUCAUGUCGGAUGCAUUGAUGGUGACAUGUUAUGUGGACGUUCAUGGUCUCUGACUUCAUCUGUCCACAAGUCAAAAAAAGCUGUUUAUUUUUCUUUUUUCUUUUAAACAGAAAAUAAGUGAAGAAAUUGUAAACUUGCAGGAGGUGAACAAAGACCAAGAGACCAGUCAAGUUGACAUUUGAGUAAAUGAUCAGGAUGCAGCAGUUAAGAUCAGAUCGUUUAAGAUAUCCUCUGUAGACGUUAAUCGAGCUGUAAAUGGUUUAGAUUUGUGUGAUGGAGAUUAAGUCCUCCAGCUGCCGUCUGUCAUCACGUAAUUUUGUUGAUUCCCUCCUUUCAGUUUCAGCGAGUUAAAUAUGCAGAUGCUAAAUCUUCUUUUGCAGGAAGUGGAUUCUUCUUUUUGUCUCCUUUAAAAUAAAAAAAAACAUUUUUGUGGUAAAAGCAGCUCCUGAGAGUCUCCAGAGACGCUGAGCUGUGUGCCGAGGAACCUGGUGACAUCUUGCGUUCAUGUUGAUCCCUUUAUCUCCUCAGUCAGCCUCCUCAGCUGCUUACCGAGGAUUAGCGUCUCCCUGCAGGAGCAUCAGAGAGGAAGAGUCGCAGCGGUCGGAGCGGAGAAUGGAGCGGCGUGGACCGGCGGGGCUGCUGCUGCUCUGCUGGCUGCUGGUCGGCCCGGCGCCGGCUCAGAUCCGCCACCCUCUGCCCGUGCUGUGGAUGAUGCCCGUCGGCUCCGGGUCGGGGAGGGAGAACCUGACCGCCGCCGUGGCCCCGGCCGUCCGACUGGCUCUGCGGGACCUGACGAGGCAACCUCCACCGCUGGGCAACUACGAGCUCCAGCUCCAGCUGCUGGACUCACAGUGCGAUCCCGCUGAAUCACUCAAAGCUCUGUUUGACGCCAUGUGGGCGGGGCCAAAGUACCUGCUGGUGUUUGGAGGGGUGUGUCCAUCUGUGACGACGCUCAUCGCUCGCUCUCUGCCAGCGCUCAACCUGCUGCAGGUGUCUUUUGCGGCCUCGUCCCCCAGCCUGUCCAACAGGAAGUGGUACGGGAACCUGUUCAGCACGGCGCCGUCAGACCGAGCUCUGAACCAGGCCGCGGUGAAGCUGCUGCAGCGCUACAAGUGGACCAGGGUCGGAGUCGUCACACAGGAAGGACCCCGACUCUCAGAGAUGAAGAAGGAUCUGAUGAGGCAGCUGCUGAGGGCUGAUGUUCAGCUCGUUUCUGCAGAGAGUCUCUCUGAAGACGUCUGCAGCAGCUUAAAGAGGCUGAAGGAAAGCGACGCUCGGAUCAUCAUCGCGCAGUUUGAAGAGGAUUCAGCCUCCGAGGUUUUCUGCUGUGCCUACAGGCUGAACAUGUUCGGAGCUCGGUAUCAGUGGAUUGUUGUUGACGGAGGAACAGCCGGAUGGAGGCUCGGCUGGAAGGCUUCAGGCUGUGCGGCCAACAGUCUGCUGACGGCUGCAGACGGAUCCAUCAGGCUGCAGAUGAGACAGAUCAGCAGCACGACCACGCCGGGAGUCUCCGGACGGACUCCUCAGGACUACCUGGACUCCUACCUCAGACAGCUGGUCCAGGAGGGGUCAAAGGUCAGUCCCCUCCACGCCUUCGCCUACGACGCUGUCUGGGUCGCCGGCAGAGCUCUCAGUCAGGUGAUGGAGGCGGUGAAACACAGAGAGAAGUACAGCAGCCAGAGAAACGUGAGCGUCAGCGAGGAGGAGGUUCAGAGGAUGCUGCUGGAGGCCGUGAAGCAGACGCGGUUUGACGGCGUCACAGGCCCAGUUUUCUUUCGAAACGGGGAGAGGAUGACGGCCAUCGAGUUGAUCCAGUUUCAGGGCAGCGGCGGCGUGUUGGUGGGAGACUUCAGCUCAUCCACCCAGCAGCUCCGGCUGAUGAACCACCUGCUGAAGUUUACAGGUCCCGGACCAGCCAGAGACCGGACCCUGGUCCUGGUGCAGCGGCAGCGGGUCGGCCUCCUGCUGUACGUCCUCGUGUCGUCGGCUGCAGCGGCGACCAUCUUCAUCGCUCUGAGCGUCCUCUUCCUCACCGUCACCAGCCCGUAAACACCGGUACAGCUCCUGCAGAUCUCGGCGGGAUCCCAGGACCAGCUGCUGCUGCUGGGCGUCCUGCUGUCCUCCUCCUCUGUCCUCGUCUCCGGUCUGGACGGAGAAUUACUGUCUGAAGAAACACUUGAGAUCCUCUGCUCUGUCUCUCUGUGGACUCUCUCUGUGGGUCACACUGUAGUCAUCACUGUGCUGUUCACUAAAUCAUGGAGUGUUUAUUCCCUGUGCAGCGGCAUCAAACAGACGCAGCAGCACGCUCGUCUGCAGCGGUCGGGCUGCCUGGUGUUCUGGAUGUUUCUGCUGGAUGCGUUUGUUUUGAUCACCUGGCAGAUCCUGGACCCCCUCAGACGGGUGGAGCAGCAGCACAGCGUACAGCGUGUCUCUGCUGAUGAGGACGUUCUCGUCCGUCUGUACUCUGAGCGCUGCAGCAGCACCAGCGCGGAGCUGUGGCUCACCGCGGUCUACGGAUACAAAGCCCCUCUGCUGGGUCUUGGAUGUUUCGUGGCCUGGAGCAUCAGGUCUGCGCAGGAGGAUCGUCCCGCUCUCCGCAGUAAACAGCUGACUCUGAGUGUGUUUACUGUGACGGCCUUCAGCGUGUCAGGAGCGUCAGCGUCGCUGCUGACCUCCCACAAUCCUCCUGUUCACUUCUGUGUGACCAGCGUCCUCAUCCUCUGCUGUAACGUCCUCACCCUGAGCUGGCUGUUCGGGCCGAAGUUGUUCUUGGUGUGUUGGAGCAGCAGCGAGCUGCAGCAGCCGUCAGAGCUGCAGGCUGAAGCUGCAGAGGGAGAGGAGGAGGAGGAGGAGGAGGAGGAGGAGAAGAUGAAGCUGAGCAGAUUAAACCAGCAGCUGAGGAGUCAAACUGCGCAGCUCGAUGUAGAAAUAGAAACCAUCACCAUGCAGCUCUUUGAAUCGGAGGAAGCUGAUCCCGAGCUGAAGCUUCACCACACGACCGGAGGACAAAUCAACGGAGGUGACGUCAGAUCUGUGACGUGGACUCAUGCAGCUCAGGUCUGUCCUGAGGUCAGGAACUCGGAGACGAAACCUUCAAGUCCAGACGGCAUCAACUCUCCUGAACACGUGCGGCGCCGUCUGUCCGUGCAGCUGCCGAUCCUCCAUCAUUCCUACCUGCCCGCCAUCGGUGGCGUCAGCGCCAGCAGCUCCAGUCUGUUCGGCAGCCAGGACCUCUUCGUUUUAUCCCGAUGA